AACGCACAUAAAAUACGAUAUUCUUUCCAUUGAAGUACAAAAAUCCCCUCAUAAAUAUUGAAAAGUCAAUAAUUAUUGAAGGGCUUAUGUCAAAGGUUGAACUUAAUAAACUCAAAUGUACUUGAGCCCUGACGGGCUUAAGUCAACAGCAAAGUUAUAUUUCGUAAAAGUGUGUUGAGCCCUUUUCAUUUCAUUAGCUAGUUUGAUGCUUAAAGCUGUCAUAAUCGCAAAAUCGAGCGCAGAAGUAAACAAAUUUUGCUGCAAUCGCAUUGUUUUCUAAAAGUGCAACUUUAAACAAGUUUUCUCCACUGCUUUCGAAAAUCAGAAAUUCGGAAAAUGGAUGUUUUGCUACAAGCUGCAGAACUUGCCUUCAGUCAAUAUAGCGAAGGUUCUGCUGCUGUUCGUGCUAUACCAACUGUGGCAUGUUAUGAGGAAAUAGCAGCCGACCUAAGCUUUUCUGGCAUUUCAACCAAUGAAUUAUCUGAAACAUUGAUCCAGAAUGACCAGUCGAUACUGGAUUCCCGAGCCAACAUUUCCUCGGCUUCACCUCCGGAAAUGAAUAAAUCGCUUUCAGUUUCAUUCCGCAACGUUUUCUCAUCUACAUCAAGGUUGACUCCACUACCACGACAGCCAUUAUUUGCUCUGGACGAGGAAGAAGAAUCUCCACUGGAUUUAUCGAUUAAUUCGAUCGAUAAUCAUCACGACGCUCCGCUUAACCUGAUAGCGAAACCGAUCCACUCCGUGGAGUGCUCAGCUAAAAGCGUGUUUCAAAUGCCACUGAAUUUAACUUCCAGUAAGCGAACUGAUGAUGAUGAAAAAGACAAAUUUACUCCCAAGAAGCCUCCAAAUUCACCACGUCGAUUGUCCGAAGAAAAUCACGUUUUACCAGAUGAAUCGGAGAAUGCCCGUUCCGAAAACAUUUUGGUCGAUGACGUUGAGUCGAAGGGUCGAUUCUCAGAUCAAUUGCAGCAAAAGCCAUUGGAUGGUAGCUCAUCUGAAGCACGGCAAGGCGGAAGGCAGCAUGAAGCUGCCAGUGCUGAUCAUUUCGGAAAUAAUGAUCUCGAUGAAAAUGACAGCAAUAGUGACGACGACGACUACCAGGAUGGAGAAAUCGAACUACUGAAUGAUUUUUCCAUAAUGGAAUAUUUCGAACCAUACCGUAUCGACUCUAUGAAUGCCGAUUCUGAACCCGAAGACUUAAUAGAUAACCCGAUUGCUGAUUCGGAUUGUGAGAACGUCGCACCGGGGAAAGAUUUGGGAUUCAAGGAACUUAAUGACAGCAAUAUUACAAAAAGAGGAGAUGUACUGCAAGUUAUAAUAAUGUGAAUAAUAAGAAGCUCAAGGCAAAAGGAGAAGCGUACAUUCGACCCAAUGGAAAGGAGGUUGCCGCUCGAAGUGUCAAGCCGGCUUGCUUUUGUUCAAAGCGAAAAUGUCACACGAAAGUGAACAACGAAAUACGACAGAAACUCUUACUCAACUUUUUGAAACUGACACCAUCCGGACAGAAUCAGUUCCUGUCUAACCACGUGACGAUCAAUCCGGUCAAAUAUCAUCGAGUAUUCAACUCUAGGCGCACAUUUUCACGAAAGUAUCAUCUACCAGCCAUCGGAGGAAAUGUUGAAGUUUGUAAAGCCAUGUUUCUCGCAACCUUCGAUGUAACAUGUAAAAAAAUCCGAGUUUUGGCCACCAAAAAGUGCAAACGUGCCGGCGUUUGCGCUGAUGAUGAACGAAUGGCCAAUUCGUCGAAUAAACGUCUUAGUGAUGAAGACAGGAAGAAAAUUGAAGAUCAUAUCAAAUCGUUCCCAUUUUAUACCUCCCACUACGGUCGAGCCAAAUCCGACAAAUUGUAUUUGUCCAGUGAUUUGAACAUAACGAAAGUAUAUGAUCUGUACAAACAGAAGUGUUCAAAUGAAAAGUGUAAACCUGUUCAUUACAACACAUUCCGGGCUAUAUUCAAAACUUUCAAUAUAAGCUUUCGAAGCCCACAAGUCGACACUCAAACAAAGUUCUUCAGAAAGCGAAAAGCAAUCCCUUCGAUCCGACCUUGAGGCACACCAAGCCAAAGCUCAACAGGUGUACGAUAGGAAAAAACAAGAUAUUCAAGCGGCAAAAAACGAAAACUCGGUGUGUACUGCAUCAUUCGAUUUGCAGAAAUGCUUGCCAACUCCUCACUUGGUGUGCGGUCAGGCAUUUUAUAG